UAUUUUUGUUGCAAGAUAAAAAAUUUAAAUAAAUAAUUUGAUUUUGUAUAAGUUUAUAUUAGAAAGAAGAGAUUGAUAUUAGAAGUUAAAGAAUUGUGGUUAUAAAUUUUGAGGUUUGAAAUGUUAAGAAUAUUGAGGUUAAAAGGAAGAUAUGUUAUGAAUAUAUGAAGUAGAAUAUAAGAAAGAUGGGGUUUAAGGUUUGGGGUUUCGAUUUUAGAGGUUUAGAAAAUAACCUCGUUAAUAACUCGUAACUUACGAGGCUUUUACGAGGAACAGAAAGACGGGCCUCGCUAUUUCAUCGUUUGAUUUGGGACGGGCCUCGCAAUUUCCUCGUAAGGUUACGUGGUUUUUACGAGGAACAAAAAGAUGGGCCUUUUUAAUUCCUCGUAACCUUACGAGGAAAUUGCGAGACCUUCGUAAGUUAUAUAUACAACCGCACAAACCUCACACUCUCCAUUCCUCCCAACUUCCUCUCCAUUUCCUCCCCAUUUCGUCUCCAACUCCUCUCCCAUUCCUCUCUCCUCCGAAAAUGGUUCGCAAGCACUUGCUUACUGCUCACUACAUGGAGAUGUUCGGUGAGCCUGGUAGUCAGUUAGACCCGCCAGGUUCUUCUUCAGGUGCCGGCGGUUCAGGUUCUUCGGAUCAGGAGUCUGUUCCCGAGACUCAGCAUUUCUUCCCUCCGAUGCCUCCUCCGAUGGAUCAUCCGAUGCCUCCUCCGAUGGCUCAGCCGAUGGCUCCUCCGAUGGCUCCUCCGGUGCCUCCUCCGAUGGCUCCUCCUGAGAUCCCCGCCGCUGUUCAUUCCGAUCUCAUGGUGCCACCUACUGUUCCCUUCUCGCAGUACACUGUCGAGGAUAUUCUCGGUAUGCCAGGCAGAGCUGGUUUACCAAUCAUAUACCCCGACAGACCCGACGGGACUAUGUGGUUUGGGGUUGACAAUUGCCUUGCGACAGAUGUAACCGAGACGAUUAAAGGUUACUUCUCCAUGGCGCAUCCAAACUGGAAAUUGACGCCGAUCUACAUCCGAAAGACGUGGUUCAAGAUUUACGCUCAAAAGUAUCAUUGGUCCAUCGGGGUCAGUGAGAGAGUGAGGAAGGCGUUUUACGAGAAGGCGCAAGUUUGCUUGUCGGACACGGUUUGCAACUGGAAGGGUGCCUGGAUCGUCAAGGGGUACACCCGUGGCAAACCCGCUGAGCUUACCACGGAUGUUUGGGACGGCCUCAUCCGUUACUGGAAGGAUCCCAACUCCAUUAGGAUCGCAAACAUUUGUGCUGCCACCCGUAACACGGUAGACGAGCACGGUAACGGCCCGAUGCAACACUCUACGGGCCAAAAACCCAUGCCGGUGUCCGUUUGCAAAUGGCCAAAGAGUUGGGACGUCUCCCGACUCUUCCGGAACUUUACGAGCGGACCCACAAGAACAAGGCGGGCCAGUUUUUAGAUGGCAAGUCCGAGCAAAUCUACAACGACGUAAUUGCUCGGGUUGAGGAGCGCCAGACUCAGCUGACCCAGCAGUCCGCCGACGGAUUACCCGUUAC